GAACAGCAGGAGCAGACAGUUGCUGAAGAUGGAGCCAGUUUUCUCCUCUCUGCUGCGGCCUGACCUGGCAAACUACUGCCCCGCUUCUAAUCUCAUGAUGAACGAGAAAAUACGCAACUUACGCAAGGCUGGAGAAAAGGUCUACCACCUGGCGUUUGGGCAGUCUCCCUUCCCCAUCUACGAGGGAGCGACCAAAGCUCUGUGUCAACAUGCAGGGGAGAACGCCUACCUACCUGUGGCCGGUAUCCCGGAGCUGCGUCAGUCCAUCUGUGAUUUCCACUGUAAGACAGACGACCUGCAGGACCUUGACCCUGAGCAGGUGGUCGUCGGGCCGGGGUCAAAGGAGCUCAUCUACCUGCUGCUAGAGGUGUUUCAUGGAGAUGUCCUCUUGUUGUCACCUUGUUGGACAACCUACAAGCCUCAAUGUCACCUGACCAGACACAAGGUCGUGGUGAUGCAGACAAACAUGGAGGACGAGUGGAGGCUGACACCCGAACUACUGGAGCAGACCCUUCAGAGUAACGAGCUUCAUAAGAACAAACUUCUCAUCCUGUGUAACCCUGACAAUCCCUCCGGGACGUGCUACAGUCAACAACAGCUGAAACAGCUCAGUAUGACCCUGAGGAAACACGGAAUCGUGGUGUUGAGCGAUGAAAUCUACGCCAGGCUGCACUACACUGACAACCAUGAGACCAUCGCAAAGUACUACCCAGAAGGGACCAUCCUGUGCUCAGGUCUGUCCAAGUGGGCCAGUGCUGGAGGCUGGAGGCUUGGGUACUGUGUGUACCCUCGUGAGUUGGACCCUCUGAGGUGUGCAGUAAAGUCUGCUGCCAGCCACACCUACUCAUGUGCCUCUGCACCCAUACAGUAUGCCGCUCUGGCUUUGUUCAGCUACACUGAUGAGGUACAGGAGUACAGGGCACACUGUUCCAGAAUUCUACAAGCGGUGGGGAGUUAUAGCUGUAAGGAACUCAGGGCUGUAGGUGUGAAGGUGGUACAGCCUACAUCUGGGUACUACAUACUGCCUAACUUUGAGGUGUUGAGGACUGCCCUGUCCAAACGUGGCAUCACCACCUGUACACAGAUGUGUGAAGCACUGUUUGAAGAGGCCAGAGUUGCGCUGAUGGCAGGAGGUCCUGCGUUCCUGCGACCGAUAAACGAGUUCACCACCAGGUUGUGCUUCAUCGACUUUGACGGAAGCCACGCUCUGAAGGCGAGUAAGAAACUCGGACUGGACGUUCCCCUGUCUGAGGAGUUUGUGAAGGAAUACUGUCAGCAGACCUAUGACGGCAUUCAGGCUCUCAAGAGGUGGGUUCAAACACAGCUUGAAGCUGAGUGAGGAACAAGGAUGACAGAAAACACACAAAGUGUGCUGUGACGGAGGUCCCUGGUGGAGAAAAGAGCAAAAAAAAAGAAAUUUUAUUCUUGUUUAAAGUUGAAACUUUUGAUCCAACACAAUAAAGUUCUCUCACCUAGAGCUUUCGACCAGUCACUCUGGUCUUCCUCAGUAGACUGACCCAGUGAAGCUUGUCACAUGGCUUCUUUGAAGUGUGACAUCAACACUGGGUCCAAUAUGAUUCUUUUCAUGGCUGUUGCUUUCCAUAGUCAAAAGCUGGAAGAAUUUGUGAUAAUACAUUUACUGUAACAGUUGUAUUAUGUGAUGGUAACAGAUUCAUGGUUGUCGCAUGUAGAAACGUUUUAGUUUUGCAUUCUGAACAAUUUUUUUUAUAUUGAUUAUCUCCACUUUACACAAAACAUCAAGCAAUUUCACUUUGAUAUUUUAUGUGAGAACACUGCAAUAGACAUGAUCACUGUUGUUGCAAUAUUAAUUCUUGUUGAUUGUGCUUUUUCAAAGCUGUAGCAAUGCAAGUUAGAAUGUUUGACAUUUGAUACAAUCUUUCAUAAUUCUAUGUCAAUUGAAGCACCAAAAAUAUAAAACUCAUUAACAUGACACUUCAACUUCACAAAUUAUGGCAUGUUACACAUUAAGGUGGCUCACUUAUUGUGCAAAUGGUAUUUUAUGGUUAUUGUCUAAUGAUGUUGUUGCACUUAAAACAUGCAUAAUUAGACAACCAUAUAUUUGACAAUGUUGCACUAGUCUUCAACAUGUUGAAAAAUUAUGUUGAUUU